GCGUGAAUUUCAUUAGGGAAAGCAAAAUUUCGUGUUUAUAAUAAUAAAAUAAGCACAGCCUGCUUUAUCUGUUAAAUCUAUGGUAUACCGUGAAUACACACUUCUUGCAUAACGCUAUUUUCGCUCUUAUUUCAAGGAUGAAUGGUUGUUUUACAUAGACUGUGUGUGCAAAAAGAAAAAGUGAAACUGUAGUGCACAAACUGUAUCUCCAAUUGUUUUAAGUCUUCCAGAAUGUAUACCAAAAACGUGUUAAAGUUAGUGAGGCCAGUGAUCAACCGGACGUUUUCUUAUACUGCGACCCAGCGGAAGCUAAACAGUGAUCGUGCAUUUAACAUUAACCAUUAUGAUUGUAUAGGUUUCGACCUGGACAAUACUCUAGCCAGGUACAGAAUAGGUAAUAUGUUAGAGCUAGAAUAUAGAAUCCUGUCAAACCAUUUAGUAAAGGAAAGGAAUUACCCAGGAGAUCUUCUUCUGCAACCUGUCGAUCCCAACUUUUUUAUAAAAGGUUUAAUUGUAGACGAUGAACAUGGGAAUGUGAUUCGAAUAGGUCCAGAUGGAACAAUCUUACAAGCUACACACGGCACCAAGUGGCUGACUCCAGACGAGAUUUUACAGUAUUAUCCUACAAGGCAUUGGAAAGCGACUGACUUGUUUGUCCAGGAUCCUCUACAAACCUGGAACGGCCCAUACUCGGAAAAAAUGAGGACACUAUUAGAUUACUUUGAUAUUGCGAUUAGUUUGAUAUUUGCUAGAGCUGUUGAUGCUAUAGAUGCUGUGCAUGGUCAAAAGAAAGUCUACAAUAUAUGGCCUGAUCUGCUCAAUGCUUUGAUGCAUAUGUUUAAUAGAGAACAUUUUGAACAAGACGCAGGAGGAUACUUUCCUGAGCUUAAAUACAACCCAGAUCUUUAUUAUUACAAAUGUAGCCCAAAUGUUCUUAACUGGCUUAAAGAAUUACGAGAUAGAGGUAAAAAGCUGUAUCUAAUAACAGGUGCUCAUGCAGACUUCGCUAACCAUACAGCUUCAUCUACGCUGGGUCCAAAUUGGAGGGACUACUUCGAUAUUGUAGUGUCUUAUGCCAAAAAACCAGGCUUUUUUAUGCAUGAACGAGAUUUUCUAGUGUUGAAUGACUCCUACAAGGAAACUGGACCAGCACUGGAGCUGCGAAAUGGAUCUAUCUACACACAUGGUAACUGGAAGAUGCUAAAAGAACAUUUAACUAGAUUGUCAAGUGCUCAAACUCCAAAAUUCCUCUACAUUGGUGACAAUUUGGUCCAGGAUAUCUACACACCCAAUGUCCACUCUGGUUGUGAUACUGUGAAUGUUUGUGAAGAACUAGAAGUAGAAAAAUUGGAUUUGUAUACUGGUGAGAGUCAUCCAGAUAGACACAUUUUGUCUUCUAGUUUAUGGGGGUCUUACUUUGAAAUCAAGGAUUCAAACCAAAAGACUGUGUGGUACAAUAUUAUGAAAAACCAUUCAAAAAUUUGUGUUCCUAGUGUAGAUUAUUUAGCGAGGUUUCCCAUCGAUCAUGAUUUUAAAUGUGCGAUUGCUUAGGUAUUUUAAACAAUUCUAGAUAAUAGUUAGCAUGAUCCAUAGAAUUAAAGAGUUACCAGUAUUGGCCAAAUAUUGCUUUAUGGUGCAUGAAUUAGUAGGUUGAUCUUUUGCAUUCAAUAAAAAAGUGUAGAUAUUGUUCGUCCGCUAUAACUUUUCUCAUGCGUCACGAUUCAUUUUCAAACAAAUUAAGUCAAAACAUAAAGUGAAACAUACGCUGAUGUGUGUAAUUUGUCUGAAAAUGAAUCAUGACGCAUGGGAAAAGUUAUAGCGGAUGAACAAUAUAAGGGAAAUUCAUUGAUUUUAAGUUGUUUUGAGGUUAGUUUAUUAAAAUUCAGUUAAUUCCAUAGACAUAUAGGUAGGGUUACCAUAAUUUCUGUACCAUCCGUGAAUAAGUGGAUAAGUCAAAUCUUAAAUUUUUUAUUCAUCAAAACUAAUAAAAUGUUUAAAAUGGCCAUACCGAAAAGUUUGCAUUUUUGAGUUAUCGACUUAUUCACAGAUGGUACAGACCGUGAAUAAGUGGAUAAGUCAAAUCUUAAAUUUUUAUUCUUCAAAAUUAAUAAAAUGUUUAAAAUGGCCAUACCGAAAAAUUGCAUUUUUGAGUUAUCGACUUAUUCACAGAUGGUACAGAUUUAUUAAGGUCAAAUUCGGACAGGGGUAGUCCAAGGGGUUGUAGAAAAUGUAAAAUGUAAAUUUGACUGUGUUACUACCUCUACAUUGUACAAUUAGGCAAAAUGCAUAUGGCACAAUUAAAAGUACAGUUGUUUGGCUACAAUAUGCAACUAACAUCGAAAAUCUCUGCCAGUUUAAAAUACAUAUACACCUAUGUUUUAGCAUACUAGACCUAGAAAAUACUAUUUUACCUAGACCAACUUAACUAAGUGCUGCGCAGAAUGAAAUUUCCCACCCGUAGGCCAUCUGUUUUCCAUUUUUUUAGUAAAGAAAAAAAUCCGGACCCCAAUCUGGACAUGUCUUUCACAUCCAGACUGUCCAGACGAAAUCCGGACGUAUGGUAACCCUACAUAUAGGUAUUAGCAUAGACAGAGUGUCAUGUUGAGUGAAGUAGCAACACAAUCUUUUUUUUUUAUCAAUGCUGUUUCUGUCUUACAUAUAGUAAAGAUGCGACACUAGUUCUCCCCUACCGCGCCAAUACCUAACUUAGUUACAUGUUAGUUUCUUGAUACAAUAUACUAGAAAGAGAUAACAUCAAACCAGUCCAAGAGAUCUUGUUGUCAGAAAGCGUGGAAGGCAUGCUCAGUCUAUGUUAAUAUAUAAGUCUAUGGUUAAUUCAUCGAUAAAUGUCAUUUCAGUGUGGUUAUGGUAUUUAAAUGUAUUGAAAUGUUUAUUAGGACAUAGACAUAUAGGUAUUAGCAUAGACAGAGUGUCAUGUUGAAUGAAGUAGCGACACAAUCAAGUUUAUCAAUAAAAAAAUUCCAAGUUUAUGUUGUACUUUCAUCACAGGUGAGGCCUGAUAGGCCUUACCUUUUUUUUAAAGAAACAUCAAACAAAGCACUAUAAAAAAUUGUUGCAUUGUCUUCACUAAAAUUCAUGCAUAUUAGUAGUAUUUGUCCAAGUAUAAAUUUGUUCAGUUAAGUCAACACCUAAUACAGUAGAGGUAUUUACCAACUUAAACGUUUCUUGAGUAAGUGUAGCACAUAUUCUAUAAUGCAAAUUUGGCAGCAGCUUUUUUUCAGCCUGAUGUUAAGUGUAACAGAUAACACUCUUAAUUAGUGUCAGUAUUUUUUAUGUUAAUCAGUAUUACUCAACCAAGAAACAAACCAGUUUUUUUGGCUCUAUUUACUUAAAGGGAUAAAUUAUAGUUUAGUGAGUCUCUAUAUUAGAGAAAAAUGUGAUGUAUUUGUCAUGGGUCAAGUUUUUAUAAUUUUUACUUAUAUUUGCUGAAAACACAGCAAUUUUGUACAGUAGCUCAAGAAAUGCUUAAGAACUUGUGAAUACCUCAUUUAUCCUCGAUAAUAACUAGAAAACAUAGAUUUAGGAGUCAGCGAUGAAUCCAUUAAUCAAGGUUACCACUAGAAUCUUUGAGCGUAGUGAAAAUAAGUAGAUGUGAUAUAUCAAUAAUUAAUUAUAGAACCAAGAAGGUCUAUAUUAAGGUCACUACUUCAAUAUAGAGGCAUUUAGACAUUGAAAAUUUUUUAUUCAAUUAUGUAAUACAGGUUUUUUCUACAAUCACUUAAUGAAAUACCUAGAAUUCUUAAAUUUUUUUAAGUAUCAAGGAGGCCAUUCAAUACUACAUAAGAUACCAAUCCAUUAUCCGGGAAAUGUCUGAUCUAAGUAACGCCUAAAAUUUACACUAAAAUGAGCUGGAGUUCAAUCUUGCUGAAACCAUUUCUCUUUAAAAUUUCAUAAUUAUUGAUUGUUAAAUUUCCUUCUAUAAAAAAAUGGUCCAAUUAACACAAAUACAAAACUUUUAUUAAUUAAUGUGAAAAUCAUAUCAUUCUAGAUUGACUGAAUCACUUCUAAACUAAGUAUUGGGCACUGAGAAGUUUUAUUUAUUUAAGACCUUCGUGGCUGGAUAAAAUACUAAUCGGUAUGCACUAACAGAUCUUAAGCUUAAGAUGAGAAUAACAUAAGUAUUAAUAUAAUAUAAUAAAUUAUAAUAUAUUAUAAAAAACGCUGGACGGAAGGGCCGCCCGAGAACUUUAUCGUGCCGAUCUAUUAUCGUUAUGGUACUAGAUAUUGGCAUUCUAUAAAAAUAACAAAGUUACUCGUUAUUUUGAUAUUUUAGAAACACCUACUGUACUUAAAAGUAUUUUAUGGUUCUACGCAUCAUUAAUUCCUGCAUUUGAGAAAAUGUUCGAUGCCAUAUUUCGGGGACACACUAUAGAUGUGUAGAUUAUUGCAUAAACCAAUAGAAUAUUAUAGUCAUACUUUCAUUUCAAAUUAGUUCAUUUUUCUGAGAAAUUAAUAGUUUACAAUAUUUGCAUUUCAUUCUAUUUCGAUUACGCCAGUCAAUGCGCGAGAUUAAGAACAAGAUAUUAUCUCCAAAUUCUAUCCUACUGCAUGGAUUUUAAUGAAAUUUUGGGAGUAGCCCAAUCUCCUAAUUCAAAGUCUAUCCUAUAUACUAUGGUGCUUUUAUCAUGGGGGAAGUUCCCACCACUUCUCAGGGGUGAAAUAUUUUUAUUUUCGAAUUACAUGGAGAAAAAGGAAGAUUUUUAAGAAAAUUUAAAAAUUCAUUCUAUAAUUUGAUCACAUUUUUUAAAAAAACCAUUCAUUUUAAACCCGUUUAACUUUUUAAAAGUAGAAAUAACACUAUAUUAAAAGGUAUUGAGAAGAAAAACAAUGCAUUUAAAUUAUGGUGGAUGGGGAGUUAAAUGUAUAUACUUUUCAUUUUUCCUUAAAGUACAUUAGUCAUUAUAUUUUUUGCACCAUAUCUCGCUUAGUUUGUAAGUAACCGACAUUUAACGGUGCUCGUUUUAAAGGCCUUUUCAAACACUACAAAAGGUGUUGGUAGCAUUAUACACCUAAAACCUACCGUUCCUCUGUUAUUUGAAGUUGAAUACACCAAUUUGAGCAUGCACCAAAAAACAAACUAUUUUCACCUACCAUAUCUCUUUUCGUAUUAUAAAUAGAACAUUUACGAAGGAACGAAUCUCUUUAUUAUUUAUAAUCUAAAAAAUGUUUUAUAUAGAGUUUUUAGUUCGAUGCAUAGUUUUUAAGGUAUUCACAAAAAAUCCGUCCGAAAAGGUGUCAUUUUUCAAUGAAAAUGGCCAAUUUUCAACUACGCAUAACUCAAAAAGUAUUGAGUUUUCAAAAAAAAGUAUAGACCAGUUUUUGCUUAGAAAUAGGUUCUUCAGCCACUUCCGUGCUUAUUUUGACCAACAAAUUUUCCACCCCCUUGAAGAAGUGGGAACCGCCCCAAGAUAAAAGCGCCAUAGUAUAUAGGGUAGAUUUUGUUUCUUGAGCUAUUCCCUACUUACUGUGAAAAUAUCAAGUACAUCAAUGUAGUAGGAUGGAAUUCGGAGCUAAAUACCCUCAUUGACUGCUCUACAAUAAUGCUAUGCUAUGAACGCGUGAGAGAGGACACACAUAAGAUUAUAGCAAAAUUUCUAUUUACCGUAACUUUUCGAGUUUUUAAGCUACAGCAAUAAAUUUUAUGUCAUUGGAAAGGUAAUUUUGCAUUCUUUCAAAAUGUGUUAAAAUAUACAGGGCGUAUCAAAAAAAUUAAGAUUUUUUAUUCAUUUCCGGUUCAACCGGAAGCCAUGUUUUUGGUAAAAUUUAUUGUGAUAAUAGAUAAUAAAAUACCAUACAUGUCUGCAAAAUUUCAAAUUUUAGUUUCUAUUAAGAAGGAAGUUACGGGCACUCGAAUAUUUUUUUAUAAAAAAUUCAUAACUCGCCUCCUAUGGGGAGUUAAGAUAUAUGACUAAUGUCAUUCAAUUUACUGAUAGGAUAUCAAAAAUAUAUCAAAAAAUAAAAAAAUUCCUUGGAGCCAUUUUUGAGAAAAUCUAGUUCAAAUUUAUGUCAAAAUUUGACCCCUUAAAUAUAGGCAACCCGUAACUUUUUUUGAAAAACGAUAACAUCUUUCUUAUAGCCCCAUCUUUAGGCUAUAUAACGACUUUUUCAAAUUAAACUUAUCUUCAAAAACUUUUUAGAUAGAUAGGGAAAUGUGUCGGGGGGGCGGUCGGCCAUGUUGGCCGCCAUUUUGAAUUUGGAAAUGUCAAAUUCCGUACUUUUAUUUACCUAUCGAUGAGCUUACUUUGAGUUGAAUUUCAUUUAUUUCUGUCAAAAUUUGCAAAAAUGGGCCCUAAAUAACCCCCCUAUUUCGGCCCCCCUUUGAGAGAUUUUUUUUAAAAGCUUAGUUUCUCGACAAAAUUCUCUUAAACUUACUCAUACCGAAUUUCAUCAAAAUCGGUCCAGUAGUUUUUGCUGGGCGGUGGCGACAUACGUACGUACAUACGUACGUACGUACGUACGUACAUACUUCCGACAUGUUUUUUUUAUUUGCUUUUUAGACUCAGGGGGACUCAAAACGUCGAAAAAAAGUGAAAUCUGAAAAAAAUUUUUUUGCACGAUCCUAUAACUUUAUCUAUUAUACUAUACUACGUAUAUAGUACGAUAAAGUAAAAAGAAUGUGUGUGUACUUUGUACGCACGUAAGAAGUUAUACUUCUAUUAUAUGAUUUAAACGAAAUUAAUAUACUUUUUAUUUAUAUUUUAUUUAAAUAUUACUACUUCUCAAACAUUUUUAUUAAAACAGUGCCAAAAAUUAAAAGAAUAAAACACACACAAACACAUUAAAAAUGCCAUAAAUGAUUUCUGAACAUUAAUUGUCGGACAGUUUUUCAACUAAAUACGUAUUUUCUGAAAAUAAAAUUAUAUAAUAAAUAUACUUACAAUCAUAAAAUGUAUAAAAAAAAUAAAAAAAUAAAAGUUUCUAUUGGGAUUCGAACCAGCUAUCAGCGCGGUUGGUAUAUUGGGGUUCAUUCGCCUUAAACGCUUCGCCACAGAGGCAAUGUGUCAUUAUGUGCGAAGAUCGACUAACUAAACGGAUUAAGCUUUUGACAUUUUUGAAUUAAAUUAAAUUAUUUUGAUUUUGAAUUGAAAUGAUUUAGAAUUGAAAAAAUACAACAAAACAUAGAGUAAGAAAACAAUAUAUUAGGUGAACAUUGAUAGAAAUUUUGAUGGUAAUCAAAUUAUGCAAAUAAAAGUAUUACAUACUAUGUAUUUUGGUAGGUUCAAAUAGGUAGGUACCUAUGAUACAUUUACAAUUAUUACGUACCUGUUGCUUUUAAAAACUAUUUAAAUGUCACUACAAUUAUAAACUUUUUUGUUUCUGUCCUCACAACAAUAAAACUAAUAUAUUAUACAUUUGUUUACCUUCAUAUUGAACAAUUAUUUAUUAUUGACAGAUCAUUUCAACACCCAAUCAGAGCCCGUAUAACGACUAAUACCAUACUGUCGGUGUGCGCAUGCGCGCAGAUCAAUAUAAAUUCACCCUCAAUCUCAAUCGCGCCUAAAGAAGUAUAACUUCAAUAAAAAUAUCAUCAUGUAGUAAUAGAUAUAAUUGAUAAUAAGGUAAGAAUCGAAAAUUAUGGUGCAACGUAAGUGAUACUCAAGGAGGCCCUAUCUAUAAGUAGAGCUUAGCUAAACUGGAGCUUAAGAUCUGUUGGUGCAACCAGGCAUAAGAGAUGCUUAUGAUUGAACUCAUAUUGAAGUGAGGAUUUUAAUAAUAAUACAAUAUAUAUACAGAGUGUCGUAUUUAACCUUUAACUACACGCGCAUCAAGUUAUAACAUAACUACACGCGUGGCGUACUUUAUACGCCACAAGAAAAUACACUUAAAAACAGCGGAUUUGUUUAUUUUUUUUUUGAAAAAUAUACUUAGUUGUUUGUUAUAAACCUUAUUCGGCAUCAGUGAAUACUUGGAGUUACUUCUCAGUAAGCCAAUUGGGAUUUAUAACUGGAAUUAUGGAAUAACUGGAUUUCAUGAUAAAUAAAAUUACUAAUAAAAAUUUUUUUGAAAUGUGAUUUUUUACAGGAGAAAAAGUAUUGUUUAUAAAGAAAAAUAUAUUUUGUGCCAUAAUUACUAAAAAACAAUUGAAAUAUGUACGCAUAUUACGACUUAUAUCAAUAUAAUCGUGGCAUAUAUUGUCCACCACCGGAAACAACAAAUAAUAAACUGUAAAUUACGAUCUUCCCACAACGCCGAUUAUAACGAAACUAAAACCAAAUUGUAAAGCACAUUCCAGUGAUAGGUUAGAACGAUAAACAAGGUCAAAAAUUAAAUUUUAAAAUAUAUUUGCAGUUGAAUUCUUAUAUCUGGCGUACAAAAUACGCCAGCGCGUGUAGUUAAAGGUUAAAAAGCCAGUGACUAAUGAUAUCAGAAAAAUGGUAAAUCUGGCAACAUUGCAAGUAUCAAAUUUGAAAUUUUCAUAUUGCAGAAUAGGCGUAUAUUUGUACAAUUCGGGCCAUUCGUUUAAGAGAUAAUUAGGCGUUUUCAGACUUUUAGUGAACUCUGUAUAUAGCAUUGCGUUGAGUCAGUUUUGACUAAUAUUUUUUCAAUUUUUUAUAAUGGCGAAAGGCUUCUCCUUUCGCCCUAAAGUUCAACGUUGUUUUAUCAAUUAUAAGCAAAAAGUCGGAAACUAUUAAGUGAUUAUAGAAAGAAAAUAUCAUUGGCCUACUUAUUGUUUACACAUUUUUACACUUAAGUAAUUACCUGCUUAGUAUCUAAGUCUAUUGUGUUGUUUUAUUUUAAUAACAAGUCUAUUACACGUUUUUGUUUUGGUUACCACAUUUAUGUUACCUUACGAAGUGUAUACGAAAGUUUGAACAUUUAUAGUUAAAUUUUUGCAUUGUGCUAAACAUACCUAAUUAUUGUAUCGCUAUACUGUUGUAAAUAUAGAAUUGUUACAAAACUGA